CACUGCUUACGCCCUCUCUUUCUUCGGUUUCAGAGAUCAUUGAUCAUAAUUACUGUCAAACCUGCCGGGUUAAUUCACUCCUUCAAUCGUCUUUUUUCCCUCUCAACGCUCCUUUGACCUUGUUUCAUCUGUAUUACAAGUUCGCAUUAAAUAACCCUUUAAUCUCACCCUAAUUUCUCCAUUUCUUUUUAAAACGCAUCGCGACAAUGGGAGAUAAUAACCACAUUGGCGAAGCUGGUCUUCACCAUCUUCCUCUGCGAAUGAGAGAUGCACCACUCUCCAAAUUCCCCUCUUUAAACCAACGAAAUGGCAAAAAAGUACCUGAGAGUUUACACUUCACCCCUGGGGCUUUUCGUCUCAGAUCACCGACGGAGUCGUCGAUGAGUAGUAGUAUUUCUUCAGCGAAUGUGCCUGAUUCUGCGACGACGCAUUCGCUUUCUACGCUGGCGAGUCCGAUUAGUACCACGUAUGCGAGCUCGAUCCAGGAGCAGUUUGCUGCUGCGACGCUGGAUGGGUCACGGCCUGCGAGUCGCAUCUGUCAUCGGCAUAAUCCGUCGAGUGGAACUUGCUCGACGUUUGUUAAUGAGGAUGAUGAUGCGAUUAUUACGGGAUAUCCUGAGUUUGAUAUCAAGAUUAGGAAUUUGAACGAGGCGCAUAGGAGACCUGUUGUUCAAGAGGUUAAACCUGAGAGCCCCGGUACAGAGUCGUUUGUUAAAGAGGAGAGGGUUCUUACGCCAACGACAGAAUCGCAUCACACGGAUGAUGUUUUUAAUGAUGAUGAAGAUGACUCUGAAGAUGUGUCGCAAGAGGAUGCAAACUCAGUGCUCAAUUACGCACUUCAGGUCAUCUAUGGCGUCGACCUCAACGACGUCUCAAUUCCUCAAGACAAGGUCCAAAGCCUCGUAUCCAACUUCACGCAAGACAUAGGUCAGCAUAUUUGGCAAUCUGCUUCAGAUGGCCAAUUAUCGCACACAAUGUCCACAUCGAGCUCUUCCUCUACACCCUCCCAAGACGCUAACGGCGAUCGUCGGGGCGGAAAGAGGAAGAAGCAAGGGAGACGUGAAGACGAUGGCGAUGAGUUCAGCGAUGGUGAAGGGUCAGGAUAUCUGCCGACCAAGCGCUCACGACCGAAUCCCAAGGAAGAUGAGAAUCUUCGAUUGAGUUGUCCAUUCCGAAAGCGGAAUCCUCAUCGGUUCAAUGUGAGGGAUCAUCAUAGCUGCGCAAUGACUUAUUUUCCCAAAUUCGCUGAGCUGAGGCAACACAUUGUUAAGCAGCAUAAGCGCGACGAUCCAUCUGCUUUCGUCUGCGAUCGCUGUAGUCGUGAUUUUCCCACGCGAAAAGAACUACGUGAUCAUCAGCGUUUGCCGAAGGAGUACAUGUGCGACAUUGCUGAUGCUGAUGCCGAAAGCGGCAUUGAUCCUCAGACUGCCACAAAGCUGUUGAGUAGGAAGAGGGCGAGUGGUACAUCGCCUGAAGUUCAGUGGAAGGAGAUCUGGAAUAUUGUGUUUCCCGAUGAUGAUGAUAGUGAUGUUCGACCAUACGAAUACACACCUGUGAUCGAGCACUUCGAAGUCGAAGCCAAGUACCGCGAAGCAUUCGACCAGCUCAAAUACUCCCUCCUCGACAAAAUCUCCAACCCCGCAACUCUCGAAACCCUCUCUACGAAAUUCUACCAAUGCUUCAUCGAGACUCUAGACCAAUGCAUCGCCAACGCACAAAGCAUGCCCUACACGAACCGCAGCAACAAAAAGAACGACAUAAUCCGCUCUCAAGUAACACAAAGCAUCCGCAAACCCCGCGGCAUAAUGCCCCGUCCUGAUUCCGGCGUUGUAAUGGAUGAUGGGUCCGAGGAAAGCGGUAGUGUGAUGCUCGGUCAUAGAGAUAGUGUGCGGACUGUUAGGACUUCUCUACGGGGAAGUCAGGUUCCUGAGACGGUUAAUGAGGUAAUUCCUGCAGCUGGGUUUGAGGAGUUGAUGCAGCCGAUGUUGGGGAUGGAUGGGACGGAUGUGCAGGCUUGGAACAAUGGGGUUAUGUAUCCGCAGAUGAUGCCCGAUCAACUUAUUCCCACGGGAGAUGAGGAGACUAUGAUCUCGGUAAUCAACAUGACUUACUUCUCACCUAAUGGAACCAUUAUUAUCUUCUCAGUCCUGGUUUACAUUAUGGAUCUCCAGAAUCUGUCCGCAGCAGAGCUCGUUCAAAAGUUCGACCAUGAUCGAACAAACACUGCUCUCGCUGAGGAAGCGCACCGUCGCACAAUCGACCCUUCCCUGAACGGAGAUUUAUUCCAAGAGAUAAAGAAUCUCAAAGAUUCCAUUGAGGGGGUUUCCAAGCCUGGCAAAGAACUCUUCAGACCUCGCCCUCCCCCCAAGGGCUCGUGGGCCAAUUGCAUCGGCCAGCAACUAUGCACACCCAAGUCCUUACGCUAUCCAAAGGGUCUAUCGGACCUCGUCCAAGCUGUCAAAGAUGGACGGGAGCAGAAACUUAAUGUCAGGGCUGUUGGCUCGGGACAUUCGUUCUCGGAUAUUUGUCCUACUGAUGGGAUUUUGCUUGAUCCACAUGGCAUGAAUAAGUUCUUAAAGUUGAACUCUGAGAUCUUGAAAGAACCUUCUAAAGCUUCAGACCACGUGUUGGUUGAGACUGGUAUAACGAUCAAGGAUUUGAACUCCCAGCUUGAUAAGAUGGGGAAAGCUCUUGCGACGAUGGGAGCGUAUGAUGGACAGACUCUUGUCGGAGCUAUAACGACUGGCACUCAUGGCAGUGGUAAAGACUCUGGAAAUCUUGCCAGCCUCGUUCGAGCUAUUAUCUUUGUCUCUGAGACCGGAAAGGUUUAUCAGAUUGAGCCAAAGGAUGGCGUCACGGAUCCUGCCAAGUUUAUCCCGGGCGAUGCUCAGGAGCUCAAGCAGGAUGAUGAUUGGUUCCAAGCUGCACUUAUCGCAAUGGGCUGUCUAGGUCUUGUCUACUCUUACAUCAUUGAAGUGGUACCCACGUUCUUCCUUAGCGAAGUCCGGUCAUUGACGACUUGGCAAGACUAUAAGACCCAACUUGCAGGUGGCCUUGCUUCUGCUCCUUUGCAGAAUCACUACUUCGAGAUCGACUUGAACCCUUAUGAAACACUUGGCCGCAACAUCGCCGUUACCACCAUCCGCACAUGCUCAAAGGCUACAAAGCGCGAAGGCGGUCGUGGCUUCGAUAACUGGCUCGCAGGCCUCCUCGCCCAACACCACUGGGUCGAAGACAUCCUCGUCUGGAUCCUCAACCGCUGGCCGCUCCACAGCCCAGGCAUCAUAACCACCGCCAUGAAAAGCCUCCCCGUAAAACACUACAUCGACAAGAGUUUCAAAGUUCUCAACAUCGGCGCCGUCGACGACGUAAAAGCCUACGCCAUGGAGCUAUCCUUCGACGCCAACCAAGACAUAGUCUCCAUCGUCGAUCGCAUCCUCGCACUAUUCCAAAAAGCAGCUAGUGAGAAACAGUGGUUUCUUGCUGGGCCGUUUGCUUUGAGGUUUGUUAAAGAGUCUAUUGCGUUUUUGGCUCCGCAGCAGGGGAGGACGACGAUGAUGGUUGAGAUGGAUAUGUUGUUUGGGGUUAAGACGGGGGAGGGGUUGUUGAAGUUUAUGAGGGAGGAGUUGUGUAGUGGGGAGGAGGGUAGGGGCGUUAGGGUUCACUGGGGGUUGGAUUUGGAUACUGUUAAGAAGGGGGACUUGGAAAAUAUGUAUCCUGAGUCGGAGAAGUGGUUGGCUGUUUAUAGGGAGUUGAACUCGACGGGAAUUUGGAAUAGUCCUUUCACGGAGCGUCUGGGGAUUUCUAUGCCUACGUAAUUAGCACAUCUUUUGUAUUUCAAAUUUUCAUAUCUGCUUUCUUUAACUCUGAACGA